AAAGAUUCCAGAUUGGAACUCCUCACACACGUUGAGCGGCGAAUAACAAUCACUUGGUGAUUUAUUGAUUAAUACUUCGUGGGUUUAUAAGUUUUGAGAUAUCUUAUCAUGUCUGGUAUUGAUGAAGUGAAGUCGGCGGGUAAUGUUCCGACAGACAUAAUGGUGGGCUUCAUUGGGGCGGGGCGGAUGGCUCAGGCCCUGGCUAGCGGCUUUAUCUCUUCAGGACUGGUUCGAGCAGGCAAUAUCAGAGCUAGUGACCCUGAUCCGAAGUCCCUCAACUGUAUAAAGGAGCUUGGUGUGGCUGUAACAAGAGACAACAAAGAGAUUGUCAGUCGCAGCAGUUUGGUUGUCAUCGCUGUUAAGCCGCAAGUCGUUGAACCCGUUUUGAAAGAAGUCUCACCUGUUGUGUCUCAGAACAAUCUGUUCAUGUCCAUAGCAAGUGGAAUCUCAAUAUCUACAAUAGAGCAGAAUUUGCCAAAAGGAACCCGAGUGCUGCGUGUGAUGCCCAACACACCAGCCUUGGUGAGGGCUGGUGCAGCAGUGGUGUCACGAGGGUCCGCAGUGGAGGAGGGGGACACGUCAAUGGUGACAGCGCUGAUGAACAGCGUCGGGCUGUGUGAGGAGAGCCAGGAGAUGCUGCUUGAUGUUGUAACAGGAGUCAGUGGCAGCGGACCAGCAUAUGCAUUUGCAGCAAUUGAGGCCCUAUCAGACGGAGGGGUGAAGAUGGGGCUGCCUAGAGACCUGGCCAUGAAACUUGCAGCACAGACCAUGUUGGGAGCUGCCAAGAUGGUUCUCGAGUCUGGAAAACAUCCUGGUCAACUGAAAGAUGAAGUCUGCUCCCUUGGGGGAACCACUAUUGCUGCCAUGCAUAAACUAGAGAAGGCUGGGUUCAGGGGGGCUUUGAUAGACGCAGUGGAAGCGGCAACACUACGAGCUAGAGAGCUUGGACAGAAGAAGUGAAACUGUACAUAAAGUCUUAACACACAAUGCAUUGUGUUAUUCACUGGUGGUUCCAGCCAGAUACUCCAAGACCAAAGACUAGGACCUGACAAUCGGAAUAUUGCAAGAGGCAAGCCAGUAUUCUGAUCAGAAUUAUUGUCUUGUGCUGAAAGGGUGGAAGUAUCCAGAACUGUUACAAUGCAGUGUAUAACUGUAUAACCAUCUGUGUAGAAAGGUAUGAUUGAAUGGCAGGGGAUUCUUAUGUCUUGUCUUGUUUAAUUGUUAUGACAAAA